UGUGUGUGUGUGUGUGUGUGAGUGACAUAACCCGAGUGUGUCAGUUAGGUAACGUCGCUUGUUGUGUUGCUAAGCUAACGGAGCUAGCCGCUGUCACUGAGUUCCGCGGCGGAGGCUCCGAUGGUCUCCUCCUCCUCCUCCGCCUCCAGGCUCCGUGUGCUCUGGCGUCACUUCGGCGGCAGUAGAAUGGGAGAGAUGGCGUCCAAGGGACAGAUGCCCGCACCGGAGACGGCGCUGCCCGGGCGGACCGACCCCAUCACGGUCUCCGCCAAACACAACGCGAACGGCAACAGGACCGUUCCACCGUUUCCGGAGGGGACAGAGACGGUCGUCUUUGGUAUGGGCUGUUUCUGGGGAGCCGAGAGGAAGUUUUGGAGACAAAAUGGCGUUUAUUCCACCCAAGUGGGCUUCGCCGGAGGAUACACUCCUCACCCCACCUACAGGGAGGUCUGCACAGGUGGAACAGGCCACACGGAGGUGGUGAGAGUCGUCUUCCAUCCGGACAAGACCAGCUUCGCCAACCUGCUCAAGGUUUUCUGGGAAAGCCACAACCCGACUCAAGGGAUGCGUCAGGGGAACGAUGGUGGGACGAUGUACCGCUCGGCCAUCUACACCUGCUCUAACCCGCAGCUCGAGGAAGCGUUGGCCUCCAGAGAUCGAUACCAGAAGGUACUGACGGAGGAAGGAUUCGGUCCGAUCACCACGGAGAUCGCCGAGGGCAAGACGUUCUACUACGCCGAGGAUUACCACCAACAGUACCUGAACAAAAACCCUGACGGGUACUGUGGCCUGGCAGGGACGGGGGUCUCCUGCCCAAUUGGGAUCAAGAAUAAAGCGUAGACCGCCGACGAGAGUGCUUUAUUCUUUUGAAUAAAAGCUUUGAAAAGCUUACGGAUGCAAAAAACUAAUCUUUGGCUUUUAGAUCGGAAGGAAUCACGGCGCAAGAAAGUCCGAACCAACGCUCGUGUUUUUGUCGCAUCGUUUUCAUUUGAUCCGGUUAGUUUUUGGUUUCACGUUGCCAUUUUGACGCACUAAAGAGCGCCGACGGGUUGCCUUUUUCAUUUCCUUUCUUUUUCAGCUAUCUGCCUCAACUUCCUGAUAAUUGGUCCGAAAUUAGGAAACCGAGCCGUGGUUCAGUUUGACCGCCUCUUUUGGUCGCAACAAAUUGUGGUCCGAUGGUCCAGAACCGUGGUCCGAGGAACCUUUCACGCCUGCAAUUUUGGUUUUCGGACCAAACAAGGUAGAUGUUAAAGCUGCGUUCACACCGGACCGCCACAAAUUCUUUGUAAAUUCUUUGUAGAUCACAUACGAAGGCGAUGCAAAGACGCAACUAGACGCAAAUUUCGCGUCAUUGAGUCGAACGACGAGUGUAGCCCAACGCUUUUGAAUUGUAGCCGCAGAUGAAAACUGUGAUUCAUUUUUGCUCAGGCUGCUUUAUAAAUUAUGAUGCGUCUUUUGAAAGUCUGCAGAGGAAUAAAGACGUUAAAACCCUC